AGAGAGGUGCGCUACUGUUGCGUUUAGUCAGAGAUCAUCUUCAGUUCCAAAAUAAGCGACCAGAACCAGUGCUGUGGGUUGGGCUAUUAUCCAAAUUAAAAUCAACUCAACCGUUUUCAAAAUAAAAAAAAGGAGCGAAGUUCAAAUUUUUUGGCGAGGAAAAACAGGAAAAGCUUCACUCAUUUCAACUGGCUAAACAAAAUUCCAGUCCGUCGAUUCUGCCAUGGCUAGAGGAUCAGAGGCAAAAUGGUGGUUCGCGAUGGGGGUCCUGAUGACGGUGCUCGCCUACUGUCAACCUGCUUCCGCGGCAGCGACUGCCGUUACGGAUGACGACGAACUGAUGGCUCGUCAAACUCGAGGGCUCGUCCUCCGCUCAUGGAGAAAUGCACAGCAGCAAACGGACCACUCGGCCGAUAAGACUCCGUCUGCCAAAGUUGCCGAACCGAUUCUGCCGUCGCAAAAAGAAGCCAUGGUCUUCAAUGGUCUUCCAAUCUCUAUGAGACUAGUUCUUCUCCAGCACUUGGCCGGCUACGACAAACGAACGCCCAACAGUCGAGCUUUCCUGGGAAUGAGAGGCAAGAAAAGUUCACCGCCGGGUGCUGACGCCCUGAUGAUGGAAGGCAAUCAACUUGACGACGCAUCUGGAUGGCCACAAGGCGACAUCCUCCCCGACACGUACUACUUCGGCCCGGCGCCCCAGAAGAAAAAGAUGCACGGCGAGAAAUUUCUCGGCAUGAGAGGCAAGAAAAUGAUGAAUGGAUUAGCCGACGGAACGGCUUUCAUCCCCAACUGGCGCGAGCGGUACAUCUACCAGGAGCCAUUCGAAAAGAAGAGAGCGCCGUCGUCAAACUCGUUUAUGGGCAUGAGGGGAAAACGAUCCGAGUCGACAACACCGACACCCAACGACUAUCAAUUCUUCAACGACGACAUUAUCGUCGAUGAGGAGCUGCCGGAUGUCGAUUCAAAAGUCUCCCCUCGCCGUUCUCAAGAAAGGACUCCAAAUUGAAAACCAAAAAUUUUUAAAACAAUUAUGACUGGAUGGAAUGAUGAGGAGAAGUUGAAGAAAAUGAAAUUCGAUGGUGGUGGCCAACAUGAGCCACGCUUCUUAAUCAAUGUUCAAUUCCCCAUGUAUAACGUUUGACGUAAACAUGCCUAAAUAAUUACAUUUUUCUUCCUCCCCCCCCCCCAACCCACAUCAACCAAUCAAAUAACGUCCCUACUCCCAUUCCCUGACAUGAAAAAAAAAAUUAUCUUAAGAAAUUUACAAAGAAAUGAUUAAUAAAAACAUAAAUGAGUGUAGCUCUAUAUUAGCGGAAAAAAACAUCAACAGAAAAAUAUAACCCGGUCAAUCUGUUCUGCGAA